UGCAGUCCAAAUAAAUAUAUCUACAUUUUUAUCUGUGUGGCGCUUAACCCCAUUACAUCAUAUGCAUCACCAAUCCUUCAAGACGGGCUAAGUCAGCGCAAACGUUUUAUAUAAAUAUAAUGAGAAGGAAUAAUAUUCACCUUGGACUCAAGAUAUGGGAUUGAUAUCGUACUUAAUUGACUUAAUGACUGGCUCGUGUGAAGCUGCAUGGAGUUGGAUUGCAGAUUGGACUGUGGAGCCGCCCUGGCCUUACAGUUACACAUACGGAAAGAGAACACGUUGUGAAGAAUUAGUUCUAGCAAAAACAAGGUACCUCGACGAUGAAUGGACCACAACUGAUUACUUCGACUUCGGCGUCAUCGUCCUUGCUGCAGCCCUUCCCAUCGUCACAUCCAUCGUUAUGUUGUGCAACAUCUUCCUGCCUAGAAUACUCGAAUGGAGGUCGAGACUGGGUUCGACCACGCUCGACUCAAAGCAUGCCACGAUACUAAAGUGUGGGGCGCCAUCGGACGACCAGGUUUGGAAACAGUGUGAUAGCUGCCAUCGCCUGGUUCGGAUUCAGAGGGAAAGAGUGCGAAAAAAGAUCAAAAGAAUAAAUUGAAGAUAAUGUUCAAUAAUAGGCAGUCUGACAAUAACAUGAUUGUAUUUCUAUACAGAAAUAGUCCAUAGAUAUGUAGUUUCCUAGCAUAUGGCUAUAAAUGUUGUAAGCAAAUAUGCGGGAUAAAACAUUUAAAUCAAUCAUAAUACAUGUGUAAGAAAAACAGAAUGUAUCAUUUUACUUUUAGAAUGAUGGCUUUCA